GAUAGAAUGAGGAGAGACAACCCACCACAGAGUCAGUCCUCAGGAUCUGCCAUCUUCAGUCAGACUGCAGGUCGUGUCCACAAUUCGGGAAAGUGUUAGGCAGAGGAAGUUACUACAAGUCCAUACCAUCACCUUCCUUACCACCAGCGGAGAUGAAGAACUUGGCAUUAUUGGUGUCGGCGUUCGGACUGCUGCUCAUGACGGGGGCCGUUCGGUGUGUAGUUCUCAUGACGGACCCUGCAAUGACCCGCCUGGUAGCCAUCUCGGGUCCAGGACCCACAUGCGUAGUGUACAAUGACAGAUCUACAAUAAGGAGAAUGAUACUGGAGUCCGAUCCUACUCUGGUGCGUGAGGUGAAACCUUCAGACCUGAUCGCCGUCGCCAAGUCAUGUCGCAAAGGAAAAGUCUCGCAUCGUCAGGGUCAGGGGGGUUUCAUAUACCCCGAUACGAAAUGGUGUGGUCCGGGGAACGUGGCACUGGACUAUGAGGACCUGGGGACGUAUGCUGAAGAGGACAAGUGCUGUAGAGAGCAUGACCACUGUCCGGACCAACUGGAGCCCGGGCAGUGUCUCUACGGCCUCUGCAACAACUCACCCUUCACCAGGUCGCAUUGUGACUGUGAUGCAAAGUUCAGGAGGUGUCUUCAGUCUCUCAACACCGACACUGCCAACACCCUGGGCGCCUUGUUCUUCAAUGUUGCCCAAGUCACUUGUUUCACUGAAAGCCGACCUUGCCCACAGUCAACUGAACACGACGAGUGGGAGGUGAUGGAUAACAGCUUGUGUCCGCAAAUGGAAUUCCGUCCCAGCGGUCCCUUCUCCCCACUGACGCCAUAUUACUAAUACCUCUGGCUUCACUAACACCUCGACCUGAGUCCCUGGAAGCUUAACUGUUGAAUGAUGUCGCCUGUACUGUCUCCUUUAAUUCUCGAAUUCGACGAUAUUAAGGCCUUCUGCAGGGUAUAAUUAACAAAGAAAUUCGGUUCAUCUAAAAUAAUGAAUACAUUUUAUAAAAUAUGUACUUUAUAUAAAUAGUUCAAAAUCUGAAUCAACUUGAAAUUUAUAAACACUGACUUAUACGGCGAUUUCCAUGUUAUCUUAGUGCCGAAAGCACCUUUCGGAAUUUUAAUAAUUAAAAUUAUUUAAACGAUUUACGAAAGCAAACAUCUCAAUUUCUAUUUUAUAUUAAAAUGAAAAACUCAGACAUUAAUUAAUAAUUUAUCAAAUUAUUUUACAACUUUAAAAGACGUAAUUCGGAUACUAAAAUAUCUUCUCUUGAAGUUGGAAACAAGACAAUGGCCGGUAUCCUUAAAGCAGAAGAAGAAAAAGAAAAUACGCAAUUUCUGUUACAGGGAAAGUUAAUGAAAGUUAUAUUUUAUACAAAUAAUGUUCACGUAGUUGUUAAAUCAAAAUAUUGCAGUAGUAUUUAAAUUAUGAAUAACUAAAUUACACAAUUAUUGUUAUUAUUUAUUUGUUAUUGAAUACAUUUAAUGAAUACUGGAAACGGUACGAUUAUUAUUAAUAAUAUAAACACAUUCUUGUUUAGAUCUCUGGGACUCACGCUUAUUGCCUGAUAAAUAUGUUGACGGAGUUUCUCAUGGACCUGGUUAUAAGUCGCUACAAAAUAAUUUAAACAAAAAUGUAUAUUGUGGGAGGAUUUAGCAGUAAUGUUGCUACACUACAGAUUAAGUAUAUGAAUUAAAUAUGACAAAUUAACACACAAGAGGUAUUUAAGUAACAUAUAGACUAUUACGUUUCGGCACUAACAAAAAAUCCAAGACUAUUUUAACAAGUAAUCAGCAUUUAAAAUACAUAAUAUAUCGUGAACAUACUUGACUGAUUAUUACUACAUAUGACAAUUUACAAGUUUCGGAGUGGCUCUGUAUGAUUUAAUGAUGACUUGUUGCUUUUAUGACAUAAAAACUUAAUGAACCGACAAUAUCACAGAGCUAAAUCAUUAUUCUAAGGGACCACUGUCUUGCUGAAUUUUCCCACUUCCUGACCUCUUUACGUCUUACUCAAAACAAGAAUAUUCAUGUUAUACUCGUACAAUACAAAAGUACUUGGUAAAUGUAAAGCUACAGGAACUCUUAAUGUUUAUCGAUAACUACUGUAUAUGCAACAGAAUAAAAACAUAACAUUCCUUUACAUUAAGCAGGCCUACGGUGUUUUAACUCGCAGAUUUCAUAUCAGGAUAAUAAUAAGUAUAAAUCUACAGACCAGGAACAAUAAUCUGAUCUCAGUGUCAUCGAAAUAAUGUCACAUAUAUAGUAACAUAGAACUGUAUUAUAUACUAUAGUUUAACCACAUAAACGGACCUUCUUCCAAGACCUUUUUCUUUGUUAUGAACAAGAAAACAACUAUCUACACACCGGAUAACUAUAAAUAUGAAGUUUCAGUAAAUCCGUAUAACAAUAUGGCUGAUUUCAUUUGUUUAGGUUCGAUUGGAUUCUCUAUAUUUGAUACUGCUUAUCACUCGAUUAAUUCUAAAUCCCAAGAUUUCUGUGGUUUGUGCUUUUACACACUUUUAGAAAUUAUAUGCUCACUACACAGAAACAAAAUUUAAUUUCCUUCAGAUUAUUAAUGCAUUUAAAAAACAUGGCCAAUGGAAUUUAUUUCCACUUCAUUCAGGGCAGAUAAAAGACCGUAACUGUCAAAACGGUCACACAUCCCCAUCUUUGCACAUUUGAAAUACUCUUAGUUUUAAAAAUUUGUAAAAUAUAUAUUUUAUUUAUCUGAAAAAUUAUUUUCUGGGCUAUACAAAGUUGCUGAUUGAAAAAAAUUCUUACUCAUAAAAAUAUUACACUAUGAAAUUUCGAGAUUUCUGAGAAGUUACAUCAUUUACUUACUAAAUUGUUUACACAUAUACUGGAAUCCCUACAAUAAUUUAAAUUUACAUAAGUUUCAACAUGCUAUGUACGUAAUAUUGCAAACAAUAAGAAACCAUUAUUUAAAAUAG